AUAGCCUAUAAAACUUUUUUUGCUUUUAUGCUAUAUUUGUGUUCUGUGUAUUGCAUUUUCACUCAAAAAAUCGUAUAAAUUUGCGUUUUAUUUUAACGCGUGUCUUAGGAAAAUGACUAUAAGGCUAAAAAUCUACCCAAAAUCAAUCAGCGAUGCUUUAGUAACCACAUUUAUGUUCGGAAUAAUCCCAGUCAUUUACUAUUUUGAAUUAUGGAUAGUGCUUCCAAGAUUCCAUCAACCCUGGACCUGGACUUACCUCUUUCAUUUCUGUAUGGGCAACUUUAUCUUGUUCAACUUGUGCUCAAACCUGUUGGCGGUAAUAUUAACUGACACUAGUAUAAACGGAAAAAUCCUGAGUGCCGAAAAGAACUGGAGGUUUUGCUCCAUAUGCGAGACUUUGGCUCCUCCAAGGUCUUGGCACUGUGCUACAUGCAACACAUGCAUCUUAAAAAGAGACCAUCAUUGCAUGUUCACAAGUUGCUGCAUCGGACAUCUCAACCAUAGAUAUUUUCUUGUUUUUGUUUUUUAUAUAUUCAUUGCCACUUUGUAUUCUAGUAUUUUUAACAUACAAUAUUUGUACAGAUAUGUACCAUUUGGUUCAUGGCUAUCAGUACUUAAAAUUGUGUUCCCAUUAGCAACCUUAUUUUUGGAUUGGACAGAAACCCAACUUUAUGUUGCAUUUAUGAUAAUUGUUUUUAUUGGGUGUUUGUUCACUGGAGCCUUAUUAUAUUAUCAUCUAAAUUUAAUUUUAAAAGGCAUGGUCACACAUGAGAGAAAUGAAGUUAUGAGUGUGUAUGAUCAUGGGAGAUUGGGGAAUUUGAAAGUUGCUCUAGGAGAAAGGUGGUUUUGGGUUUGGGUUAGUCCAUUUUUGAUUAGUAAACUUCCUGGUGAUGGUAUAAAGUGGGUCACUAAAGUUUCUGAAAAAGGAAAAUAAUAAGAGCUCUAUAGAUUACAAAGUUCAAAUGGUGAUAGCAUUUAGAAUUAAAGGUUUUUGUUGUGCAUGUACCUAUUAUAAGUUUUGGUAGGUGAAUACCUCUUUAGGUAAAAGAUAAUUUAUUUUUAACUGAAUCCAUCAGCAUCAUUAAUUAGAUUAUAUUGUCUAUGAUACUUGAAUUUCUUGUCUUGAAAAUAUGGAUGUUGUGAAGCAGUUAAAGAAGAAAAAUACAUAUCUGAAUAAGCCAAAAUUAUAAUGUCGCACUUCAUUUUUAAGUUAGUUUAGGUAAAUGCAGGUAUGUUUUACUUAACUAUUUUUUAGGGCAAACAUAUCUGAAUUAAAAUUUAUUAAUAUUUAAAAUAAAAAAUUUCUUUCCACUUUUAAUUUGAGAAACUUCAUCCUUAUUGCAAUUUUCCUAAGGAACUUUUAACUACUAGUUUAUAGGAAACAAAAUAUCAACAAAUGAAAUUCUGGAACCAACAGGAUGGAGCUGUAGGUGAUAAUAAGUAACUGAAUGGAUUAAAAACAUAAAUAUUAGCCUGCAAUAUUUUGAAAUUGAAGGUAUCCACUAAAAGUUAUAAAUACAUUAAUCAAAGUUACUAAACUAUAAAACUAGGAUUAGAAAUGAGCUUCCAUUUUAUUGAGGGUCCAGCAUAAAAAUUCUCUUUGUUUUAAUUGUUUUGCAUUUUAUGAUAAUCGGCAACUGUGCUUUUAAGUUCCUGAUCUACAUCAUCAUUAUAUUAAUGAUUUGCUGUGGAAUUCGCAAACUUAGGCCUUCCAUAAAAAUAUUUAUUUGUGGCUGUUCUAAAACCUGGUAUAACAGAAACAACAGGCUUGGAAAACAUCAAUUUUUUCUUUGAAAAAAUCAGAUGUUUGUAUAUUUUUUUUCAAGAAAAUAACAUAUACUUAAAUUGUAAUAUAAACUAUUUUUUUUAGUAUUAACUCAUAGCUUGGAUUUUUUCAUAUUUAUUUUAUCAAUUUUCAUGUCAACAUUUGCAAAAUACAAAUAGUAUAGUAUAUUAUUGAAAUAUAAAUAUAAUGCAUUUGCAAAAGUAAAUACUCAAAAAAUGUCAAUGUAAUAUAAAAAAUUAGACAAAAAUAGAUAUAUUAAUGUAUUUUGCUCUAGACUCAAUGUAUUCAGUAACCCACAGAAGCAAAACACAACCACCUGAUUAAACUCUGUUUCUUCAUUCAAUAAAGAUGAAUUUAAAUUCUCCAAAAAAAAAGCAAGGAAAUUAAUUGAAAUUAAAGAAAUCAACUUAAUUUAAUCAUCACUAGAAUUAUUUGAUUCAAAUCAGAUCACCUUUAGCUCCAACCAGAGCUCUUUAUCACCAUACAUUAAAAUUGUGUAUAUCCCAUAAUGAUCUCUAGUUGAUAAAGCAUAUAUUUGACUGUACUAUUAUAACAUUUUUUUUUAAUUAUUUUACAUUGACUUUGUCAAGAUGAUUUUUUUACUUUUGAUAAUAAAGAAUUUCUAAUUUUUUUUUCAAAAUAUUUCUAUAUUUUCGAUAGGGAUAUUACACUCAAUUGCUAUUACCUUAUUCUAGGUAAAAUGUAGUAAACGAAAAGCUAACUUCUUAUUUUUAAAUUCUCCCCAAAAGUCUCUUCCAAUAAUUUAUUAUCCAAUGUUCAAGAGCACAUUUUAAAGAAUUAGAGUUAACAAAAUAGGAGUAUUAUUUCUAACCUUGAUGUUUAGUGGUGAUAAAAUGUAAUUUUGGUACUCUCAGGUACUGAGUCUUGUACAAUAUUUAUUCAAAGAGCUCUUGGCCUUUUCGCCACUUGCCCCUUCCUUUUGGUUCUAGAAUUCCAAUUUGUUAUUCUGUAUCCUACAAUUUAAUAUCUUUUUUCUCAUUUAAAGAAAUUUGUGAGAUAUUCUACCAGCUGAUAUCAAAAAUUAAAACUGUAGGUAACAAAUUGCAUUUUAAAUUGUUUGUAUUUUUAUCUUCAUUUAGAUAAUGCUUUUUGUUUAUUUAAAUGAUUUUUGUCCAAUACAGUUGUCAUGAAAAAUUCAUGUGACAAAAAUUUAUGAAAUUUAUAUUUAUUCUUAUUCUCAUAAAUUUUAUUAAAAUAUAUAUAACAUGCAGUCACUGAUAAUAGAACAAAAUCUCUUUUUUUAUUGCAUUUUAUUUUAGCUUUAUUCAAAAAAUACAAAUUCUAUUUAAAAUAUUUAAAUCACAUACAUAUUUUGAAAUGAGACUGCAAUU